UUCUCAUAUUUGUGGAUAAGCUUGUACCUCCGAACAACGACCAGCGAAAAACCCCGCCGUUUGGUUUUGGAAUAAACCCUAAUCUUUUCUAACUCCUCAGACUAAUUUCUUCGAUCUCACUCCAACCUUGCGAAAAUGGGAAAAUCUAGUUCUAGAGCCGAAUCAUCAAGUAAAGCCGACCGUAAAUUCGAGAAGAAAGUCGAGUUUUAUGCCAAGGUUAGAGAUACUGUUGCUUCCUUGACUGCCAAAAAGGUUAUUACGAAGAAGAAGAAGCUUAGAAGCCGACAGAAGAAAUUGAAAGCUUAUGACCUCUCCACUCUCUCAGAGUUCCUUCCUGAACUGAAAUCUUCUCAGCAACCAGCUGCCACAGCUGAUCUCAAGCUGAAUUGCAAGUCUAGGCAAAAGAUGAUAUUGAAGGAACAGAAACAGUUGAGUACGGUUCUAAACCAUCCCGCUUUCCAGGUGGAUCCACUGGCUGCCAUUCAUCAACACUUGGAGAGCACACAACCCGUUUCAGAAGAAAAACCAAAGAAAAAGACAAAUAAAACUGCGAGGAAGAAGAAAAAGGGGGAUAGGUCAAAGACUUCGUCUGGACCUAAAUCUAUGGAUUUCUGACUUUGAGGUGUGGACUUUCAUGAGCCAAACUCCUUCGUAUUUGGUUGUGAAAAGGUUGCACUGAUCAAUUUUUGUAUAUUAUUGACCUUAUAUGUCAGACUUAUCAAAACUAGUAUCAUGAUUUGCUCAAUUCUAGAGAAGCUUUCAGUUGUCAAUCGGUAUCUCUAUCCUGCUGGACUGACAGUGGAGAAGAAUAUAUGAAUGCAAUUUCUUUUUGCAGCCCCA